AAGCCCAUUGGACCAUCAAAGCCUGCAGAAAUACAAGCCCAAACAAAAGGAGGAGAAAAUAGUAAAUCCAAAAAGGGUUUUAGGGUUUGUGUUAUAUAGCUCGCUUCUCUCACUUCUUCCGCCCCGUUUACAGCAUCUUCUUCUUCUUCUUCCGAGUUUCAACAUCGUCUUCCGACCAGGAACAGCUUUGAGUUACGUACUUGAACAAGCAGAAAAAUGUCUGGGGAAGAUGUGGCUGUAGCAGCUGAGGUACCUGCACCUGUUGCAGCAGCACCAGGUCUAGCUGAGCCUAUGGACAUCAUGACAGGUUUGCAGCUUGUGCUUAAGAAGUCACUUGCUCAUGGGGGGCUUGCUCGAGGUCUCCAUGAAGGUGCAAAGGUCAUCGAGAAACAUGCUGCCCAGCUUUGUGUAUUGGCUGAGGACUGCAACCAGCCUGACUAUGUCAAAUUGGUCAAGGCACUUUGUGCCGACCACAACGUGAGCUUGGUAACUGUCCCUAGUGCAAAGACUCUUGGUGAAUGGGCUGGGUUGUGCAAGAUUGAUUCAGAAGGCAAUGCCCGGAAGGUGGUUGGCUGCUCAUGCGUUGUUGUAAAGGAUUAUGGAGAGGAAAGUGAAGGUCUUGAUGUCGUUCGGGCUCAUGUGAAAGCUGAGUAAGAUAUUAGCUGUGCGUCAAAGAUUCUGUUAGGCUGCAAGUUUUAGUGCCCUAGGAAAGUUUUGAUUGUUUUAAGGGCCAAAAGCUUCAGAUUGAAAAGAUUUUUUGCGAUUGAUAUUUAAUAUUUACAUGAUGUGUAACGUGAUGUUGGUUAAAACUCUUUGGAAGAUACAUCUUAGAUAAUGUGAUUUUUAAAUUUUCUUCGUA